AUGCGAAAUAUAACCGUAUCAAAUAUUGAAAGACAUUCAUUAAAUUUUUUAAAGUAUUGUGAAGUAUUUUGUGUCAAUGACAGAGUACUUUACGCCUAUGGACAAGGUAUUGUGAGCAAAUAUUCAGACAAUAAUGAAGAGAUUAUAUGUGAUUUAAAAGAAACACUUUAUCCAGGAACAAAAAAUGACAGUUUAAAAGCUUUGGAUAUAAAUUAUCAUUAUGAAAAAGAUGCAUUGUAUUUAAUUUUAAAAAAUGGAGAUAUAAUUUCCAUUGAAAAAAAUGAAGAAUAUACUUUAAAUAUAGUAGGUUCGGUGUCUGAUUCCAUACAAGCCGUUAAAUGGAGCCCAGAGCAAGAAUUGAUUGCUGUUGUUGAUGGGGCUGACAAUAUAAUUUUGUUGUCCAGUGAUUUUGAUACAAUUUCAGAAACUCCACUUCACGGUGGUGGAUUCGGUGAGAAACAAAUAAUUACUGUUGGUUGGGGUAGUAAAGAAACACAGUUCCAAGGGUCUGCUGGAAAAUAUAAGGCAGAAGAUAAAGAAGAGAUAAUAUUUAGUAACACAAAUAGGAUCGUCAUCUCUUGGAGAGGAGAUGCUGAAUAUUUUGCUGUUUCAAGUAUCAAUCCAGAAAAAAAUUUGAGAUACAUUAAAAUUUUUAACAAAAAUGGAGUUUUGCAAUCUACAAGUGAAUGCAUUAACGGUCUCGAUGAUUCUUUAGAUUGGCGUUCUUCUGGUAAUCUAAUAGCAACAACUCAAAAACAUUUAAAUAAGUACAUUGUAAGUUUUUUCGAAAAAAAUGGUAUGAAACAUGGAGAUUUUAAAUUAGCUACAAAUGAACAGUUUGGAAAAGUAAGUGAAAUUUGCUGGAGCAAAGAUUCGAAAAUAUUGGCUGUUGCACUGACUGAUAGCGAUUCAGAAAAAAAUAGUCAUUUAAAUGAUUCUGAAGAAUGUGGAAAUUACAUUAUUCAAUUUUACACCGUCAGUAAUUAUAAAUGGUAUUAUAAAUAUACCAUAACUAUAAAUAAUUCCACCUCUGUUUCAUUAAAAUGGGAUGAUCAGAGAUUAAGCGAUUUGCAUAUUGUCGUUAAUAAAAAAUUUGGUAUCGAGUAUUUUAAAUAUUCUUGGCUAUGGGUUAUCAGCAAAAGUAAAGUAAAUUGUGAAAGUGAUGAAUCAUUUGUAGCAGUUAUAAAUGGUUGUAAUGUGCAACUAACUUCAUUUAAAAAAGGAAUAAUACCUCCUCCAAUGUAUAGUAGUUUAAUUCAAUUGAAUUCACCUGUUAAUUUUGUAUCGUUUGCAAAAAACGAUAAAGAUUUAUCUCCUAAUGAUUUUAUGCUCCUGUUAUCUGAUGGAACUGUACUAAUUUACAAAUACUUUUUAGUUAAUAAAACAUUGCAAUGUGAACAUAAAUUGAUAGGAACACUAAAACUACCUAUCGAUGAAGGAAAUUUUUAUUACAAUGGAAUUUGGUUUGAAAAAAAUAAAUUGUUACUGUCAUCAUUAAAAGUAACAGGUGAAAAGUCUAAGCCCAUUUUAAACAUGGUGAGCUUUCAAGAAAGUGAUUUAUCUGCGUCAUAUGAAAUAAAAGAAAUAUUGCUACAGUCAACUGUUGCAAUUUUAAAAUUUUCCAAAUCGACAGUUAUUGUAUAUGACAAUGAUGGAAUGAUUUAUUCGCUUAAAAGUGAUAAUUUGACAAGUGUUAAUUCUGAUAAAAAAAACAAGAUGAUUUUGGAUUUAGAAAUUUUCGAACAAACCGAUGGAAAAUUAAUUAUAUUUAGUUUAGAUAAUUUCCAUAAAUUUUAUGUUAACGGAGAGUUAAUUUUUAACAAUAUAUUGUCAUUUCAUAUUCACGACGCUUUUAUUUUGUUGACUAAUUUUAAGCAAGAGUUAAUAUCGAUAAAUUAUGAAGAAAUAAACAUUUUUAAAGUGCAUGAAUCGGAAUUGUUUAAAAGAAAAAUUGAAAGAGGUUCAAGAAUUAUUACAUCAGUUUAUAAAGAUCUGAAAGUAAUUUUGCAAAUGCCUAGAGGGAAUCUUGAAUGCAUACAACCGAGAGCACUAUCAGUUUAUGCUGUGGGAAAAUUUUUAGACUCAUUAAAAUAUGCCGAGGCAUUUAAUCUAAUGAGAAAACAAAGGAUCAAUCUCAAUUUAAUUUACGAUCACAAUCCGUUACUCUUUGCUAAUAAUGUGGACAGUUUUUUAAGAGAAAUAGAAGAUCCUCAAUGGAUAAGUCUUUUUAUUUCCGAUAUUACAGAAGAAGAUUUGACAAAGACUACAUAUGCUGUUGCUUAUAAAAAAAAUAAUAAUGCUCUUGAAAAAACUGAUUUUUCUAAAAUUAGUACCGUCUGCAACUUAUUAGAAAAAGCUUUAAGUAAGAUAAACAAUUCAGAGAAAUAUUUACUUCCGAUUCUGACUUGCCUCAUCAAGAGAAAUAAAAUUGAAUUCAUAGAAGCAGCUCUUUUAAAAUUAAAAAGUUUAAAAGAAAAAGAAAUGCAGGGGAUAAAAUCUAGUGUAACAUUCGAUGAAGCUUUUAAAUAUGUUUUAUAUUUGAUAGAUGUCGAUGAGCUUUAUAAUAUAGCUUUGGGAAUGUACGACUUUGAUUUAGUUCUCAUCGUGGCAAACAAAUCUCAGAAAGAUCCAAAAGAAUAUUUGCCUUUUCUUAAUAACUUGAAGUCUUUGGAACCUCAUUACCAAAAGUACUCAAUUGAUAAAUAUUUAAAACGAUAUAAGAAAGCUUUAGAAAAUCUGAUACAGUGCGAUGAAAUCGACGAGUGCAUAACUUUUAUAAAGUCACAUCAGUUGUAUAAAUAUGCAUUAAAAUUAGUUCCGCAAAAUACAGAUAAAUUUAAAAAUAUUUGCGUCUGUUACGGAGAAGAAUUAAUGAAGGGGAACCAUUUUGAGGAAGCCGGUAUUAUGUUCGCCAAAGCUGGAUUGUACAAAAAUGCAAUCGAUGCUUAUAAAAAGUCUGGGAAUUGGCGCGAAGUUAUUUCGUGCGCUAACGAGUUAAAAUUUAAAGAAAGCGAAUUGAACGAGUUGUAUUAUGAGCUCGCGGAAAAUUUAAUUGCAUGCAAGCAAUUUAUGGAUGCCAGUCUAGUUUACAAAGAUUACAUUAAAGAUAUAACAGAAUGUUCGAAAACAUUAGCGUUAGGUAAAUAUUUUGAUGAAGCUUACCGUAUUUGCGCGUUGUACAAUUGCAAGGAUUACACAAAAGAAAUGAUAUAUUCAGCAGCCGUCCAUCAGGCACAUUCACUCGGACUACAUAUUGAUGACGUCACUAAUACAAUUGAAAAACAAAAAAACCGUUUGCUGGUGGUACGACAAAAUAAGUUGCUGGCUUUGGAAAGCAAGCCAGACUACGAUAUUGACAGCGAUGCAUAUUCGGAUGCAAGCACCAUAAUAACGAGAUCUAAUGCAUCAACGCGUUUAACAAAUAAAACAUACCGUUCUGCAAAAAAUAAAAGAAAACAAGAGCGAAAACUAUUAAGUUUGAAAGAAGGAAGCCCUUAUGAAGAUUUGGCCUUACUGACUUCCCUUUACAAUUUAGUCACAAAUUCACUAAAGCUAUCAUCAGAAGUAGGCGAGCUAAAUAAAUUUUUAGUUAAAAUUAACGAAUACGAGUUGGCAGAAAAAUUACAAAGUCAAUUUAAACAAUUGUUGAAAAAAAUUGAAAAUUCUAAAAAUGAAAUUUGGACACCUGAUUGCCUGUUGAAAAUGCAAGAGUCCAAUUUCAAUUCGACAUCCAAUGAAUUAGCUUUAUCACAUACGCAGAUGGAAAAUGCACCACCUUCGUUAUUUAAUCUCAAAUACAGCAUUCCUCCAGAAACUCAAUUGAAUGUAUCAUGGGAAUUAGACUUAUUGAAACCGUAA